GGGCGCCGAGCACGAAGGGCCGCUGGCAGGGCCGGCCGGCCGGCGGGCGGAGCGCCGCCACUGACGCACAUGAGGUGACCAAGCAUUGAUGCGCUCCCAGGAAGUACACGUGCUCAAGGAGGCCAUCCCCGCUGGCUGCUGCUCACAUGGUUUCUGGGCCCCUGGCGCUCCGGUGGUGCCCGUGGGCAGGGCGCAGGGACAUGGGGCCCGACAUGGAACUGCCUAGCCACUCGAAGCAGCUUCUGCUGCAGCUGAACCAGCAGAGGACCAAGGGAUUCCUGUGUGAUGUCAUCAUCAUGGUGGAGAACUCUGUCUUCCGGGCCCACAAGAAUGUUCUGGCUGCCAGCAGCAUUUACUUCAAGUCCUUGGUUCUGCAUGACAACCUCAUCAGCCUGGACACGGACAUGGUCAGCUCCACAGUGUUCCAGCAGAUCCUGGAUUUCAUCUACACAGGCAAACUGUUGCCCAGCGACCAGCCAGCUGAGCCCAACUUCAGCACUCUCCUCACUGCCGCCAGCUACCUCCAGUUGCCCGAGUUGGCAGCCCUCUGCCGUCGCAAACUCAAGCGAGCCGGAAAGUCCUUUGGCCCUGGGCGAGUGGGGGCUGCUGGCGUGGGGCGGCCUCCACGCAGCCAGCGGCUUUCCACAGCCUCUGUCAUCCAGGCUCGGUACCCAGGGCUCGUGGAUGGGCGCAAGACGCACCAUACCUCCCAGGAGCUCACCCAGCCCAAAGGCUCAGAUGAUGAGCUUUUUCUGGGCAGCUCUACCCAGGAGAGCACGCACAGCCUGAGCCGGGCAGUCUGCCCAGCCAGUGGGGAGGUGGGCUUGGGAGGCUGUGGCAGUAGCACCAAUGGGAGCAGUGGGGGCUGUGAACAGGAGUUGGGCCUGGACCUGUCCAAGAAGAGCCCACCCCUGCCCCCCACAACCUCUGGCCCCCACCUCACCCCUGAUGACCCAGCCCAGCUGAGCGACAGCCAACACAGCUCACCCCCGUCAGCCUCUGUCCCACCCGUUGCCAACAGUGCCUCUUACACCGAGCUGGGGGGCACUCCUGAUGAGCCCAUGGAUCUGGAGGGGGCUGAGGACAACCCCCUGAGCCUGCUUGAGGGUCCAGGUGGGCAACCUCGGAAGAGUCUCCGGCAUUCAGCCCGCAAGAAGGAAUGGAGCAAGAAGGAGCCUGUUUCUGGGUCCCCCUUUGAGCGGAGAGAAACAGGGCCCAAGGGCGCUUGCCCGGGAGAGGAGGUUGAGGGGCUUGGGGACAGGGUCCCUAAUGGCAUUCUGGCCACUGGUGUGGGGGGUGGCCCCAGUGUGGCCUAUGGGGAGCCCCCAUACCCAUGCAAGGAAGAGGAAGAGAAUGGCAAGGAUGGGAGCGAGGACAGUGGGCAGAGUGGUAGUGAGGGGGGCAGUGGCCAUGCUGGUGCCCACUACAUGUAUCGGCAGGAGGGCUAUGAGACGGUGUCAUAUGGGGACAACCUGUAUGUCUGCAUUCCUUGCGCCAAGGGUUUCCCCAGCUCUGAGCAGCUCAACGCUCAUGUGGAGACGCACACAGAGGAGGAGCUGUUCAUCAAGGAGGAGGGGGCCUAUGAGACGGGCAGCGGAGGCGCUGAGGAGGAGGCAGAGGACCUGUCAGCACCCAGUUCAGCCUAUGCAGCUGAGCCCCGGCCCUUCAAGUGCUCGGUCUGUGAGAAAACCUAUAAGGACCCGGCCACUCUUCGGCAGCACGAGAAGACGCACUGGCUGACGAGGCCCUUCCCCUGCAACAUCUGUGGCAAGAUGUUCACCCAGCGUGGCACUAUGACACGCCACAUGCGGAGCCACCUGGGCCUGAAGCCCUUUGCCUGUGAUGAGUGUGGGAUGCGCUUUACCCGCCAGUAUCGCCUCACUGAGCACAUGCGUGUGCACUCAGGCGAGAAGCCCUAUGAGUGCCAGCUCUGCGGGGGCAAGUUCACCCAGCAGCGCAACCUCAUCAGCCACCUGCGCAUGCACACCUCCCCCUCCUAGAAGCCAAAGACCCGGGGCACCCUCUGCAGACUUGUCACCUGGGAACCCACGGAAGGAGCGAUGAGGAGGUAUGGUGGGAGGGGCUGAGCCCCAAGGUCCAGCAGGAGGCUCCUGGCAGCCCCUCCAGCUCAGCCUCCUCAUACCCCAGAGCUUUAAUCAUCAGUCUGUACCAGGGGAAGCCAGGAGGGGAAAAGCCGAUGGGCUCAGCCCUAUGUGGUGCUGGUGACCAUUCUACCUCCCUGUCCCACGCAGCUCCCCAGCUCUCUUCAGGGGCUGCUGUGGAGCCAGUGGGAAGUGGGACACAUGGGUCUUGCUGGGACCUGGUCCCUUUCCUGCAGGCUGGGCUAGAGAAGGGGAAGGGGCCCCCCCCCUCUAUGCUGGUAAGGCGCAGGGCUGCCUGUGGCCAGGGAUGAUGUCUGGAGCAGGCCCUCACUGGCAGGGACCGUGUCUGUGUGUGUACACGUGUGCUUGUGUCUGUGUGUGGGUGCAUGCAACCCUGGCUCUGUGGAGCAGGUGCUGGGGGGCAGCUCCUUCCCCUCUUAAGCCAGGGUAGCACUGCUCUCUGGCGCUGGGACAGUCAGGG